AUCCCCACUCAGAUUCUUAGAGUAUCAAUCACUCCAAUUCCAAUUGGCUGUUCUAUCAAGUCUCAACUCUCCCCCCACUCUUUGACUUUUCUAUCAAAAGGGCUUGUUGGAGUUGAAAACUGAGAACAAAACAUGGCAGCACAAGGGCUUGUGGUAGUAGCAUCACUUCUAAUUUUCUGUUUAGCUGGAAGUUGCUAUGGGAAGGUUCACUUCUCUACCUUGAAAAGAACCCUUGAUGUCACCGCUUCCCCCAAGCAGGGACAAGUUCUGGAGGCUGGAUUGGACAAAAUCACAGUGACAUGGGCAUUGAACAAGACCUUACCUGCGGGGACAGACUCUGCCUACAAAACCAUAAAGCUGAAGCUAUGCUACGCGCCCAUUAGCCAAAAGGACCGCGCUUGGAGAAAGACAGAGGAUGAGCUGAACAGGGACAAGACAUGCCAGCACAAGAUCGUGGCCAAACCCUACGACGCUUCCAACAAAACCGUGCAGAGGUACGAGUGGCUGGUCGAGCGCGACGUGCCCAAAGCCACGUACUUCGUACGCGCCUACGCGUUCGACUCCAACGACGCGGAAGUGGCUUACGGCCAGACCACCGACGGCAAGAAGAGCACCAACCUGUUCGAGAUCAAUGCGGUGAGUGGGCGCCACGCGUCCCUCGAUAUCUGCUCCAUUUGCUUCAGUGUUUUCUCCGUCGUUUCCCUCUUUUUCUUCUUCUAUAUCGAGAAAAGAAAGGGAAAGGCUUCUUCCUCAAAGUGAGGUUAUUGAAUCACAUCACACACGAGAAAAGCGUGGCAGGUUUACAUUUCACGUCAAUGUUGUCAAGCAUGAUCUCCCCCUCAAGCUGUAAUAUGAGGGAAAGGGCAGAUAUUUUUAUGAUUAUUUUAUUUUAUGUAUGUGAUUAGGAUAUGACUAGCAUACCAUGAAAAGGUGCAAAAUAAUGAUACAUGUUCCAAACAAUUUGAUCCGUGUCAUCACAUCAAAUGUCCUGCCUCCUUUAGAGAAUGGUAUAGAAUUAUCAUUGUUAGUUCUCGUUAA